AUGAUGAUGCCCGCUGUCUCAGCUGCAGCAGCUGGCUGUGCCGGAGGAGGUGGAGGAGGUUACGAAGCGCCACCCAUGCCUGCAGGCGGUAGAGUUGGUCCCGGCGGAACUGCAGCUGGUCGAGGUGGAGGCGGUGGAAUCGGUGGUGGUGGAAUGGGUGGCGGCGGAAUGGGCGGCGGCGGAAUGGGUGGCGGUGUUUUCGGAGCCAGUGGAAUUGGCAGAGGAGCCUACGUUAGCCCACAAAUAGACACGCCAUCACUGUCAUUACCACAACAGGCUCCAGCACCAGCGAAAACAGCGUCCCUUCAAAAAUUACCCUCAGAAGGAUCACAGAGCUAUUGCCACAACUGA